AUGAUGCUGAGGGCGGCGCGAGCGGCGGGGCCGCUUCUCCGCGUCUCCGACGCCGGCGCUAUCGGCGAGAGGGUGCGCGGCGGCGUCCCGUCCACGCCCGCGGUGUUCACCCGUGGCUUCUUCGAUUUCUUCAAGAAAGGGGACAAGGAGGCCGCCGAGGACGCGGAGGCCAAGGCGAAGGCCAAGGCCAGGCUUUCUGAGGAGAUGAGCAGGGGGUACUUCCAGGACAUAUCGGAGAUCCGCAAGAACGGGGGCAAGAUUGCCGUGGCGACUGAGGUCAUCAUACCGGAGGUUGCUGCUGUGAAGUUCCCUGAGCUUCCUUUGGUGUCCCCUGGUGGCGGGGCAUUGCGACUACCGUUUGUUGCUCCUCCUCUGGAAUACAGUAGUCCUGAGGCGGCUGGCGCCGUGGUUCCUGAUGCAUCACUGGUGUGCCUUUCCUUUCGUGCAAGCUCGCAGAAAAUGGCUGAAUCGUGGAGUCUACCUUUUCUUGAUGCAUUUGGUGCUUCUGGCAAAGUUCAAGUGUAUGAGGUCUCAUUUAUAGAUUCAUGGUUGUUGUCAUCAAGUCCCAUGAGGCGUGCAUUUCUCAAGGUGACGAGGAAAUCAAACAAUCCACAAAGACAUGUCGUAUAUGCCUUUGGGGACCACUAUGACUUCAGGAAAGAGCUCCAAAUUGUAAACCUUCUUACUGGGUACAUAUACCUGGUCGAUCGCCUGGGAAGGAUAAGAUGGCAAGGCUUUGGAACUGCGACACAGGAAGAGUUGUCAUCGCUAACAACAUGUACCUCCGUAUUGUUAGAUGAAAAAUGAAAUUAGAGCGGCUUCUGGAAUAUUUACCAUCUUUGAUUGGAGAAAUUUUGUUUAAUUGUUGUUUCUGGGCUGUUUCCCGUUCUUUCCUGCAUGUUAGCGAGUGACAGUACCUUUCUGACAGAUAGGCAGAUAGCACACGUUUGGAUUGGCAGCCUUGUUUAUCGCCAUACAGUCACAUUGUGUAACAGCGUGGAUUCUCUGCAUGGAUUGAAUGCACCUGAAAUAAUUGAACUCAAAUACUCC